ACCAGAAAUCAGAAAUAACAAUAACAAGGUUAAUCCUUAAUCCUUUUGGAAAUUUUAAGAAGCAAAUAGAAGUAGGUGAGAAUUAUCAGUGAACAAUAAGUCUUAAUAUGUUUAUUGUUUGUUGUUUUUGAUAACGUGUGCAAUGAAAUUAAAUAUUUUCAUAAUAUUUAAGUUGGUAAUGAAUUUAAGUAUAUGAAAUGGAAGAUUUGUUGUGAUUACUAAAAUAUUUGAAAAAUUAGAAAUGCUUGUCAAUAAUAACUUUUCAAAUACAGAAAUUGUGGAAGAUAUACUCAAUAGAGUGCAAAUGAAUUUCUUUGCAACAAUAAUAAAAGAUUAGAACAGACUGGGAAUUCAAUUAUCAAACAGAAAGACGACCAAAACAUAUUUUCUGUUGAUGACCAGAAUGAAACUUUAACAGAAAUCAUUGACAUACCCUAACCUUGAACUCAACAGUUAUAGCCAAGCGCGAAUUAUAGAUGGGUAAUCCAAUACCAGAUGUGGAAUUUGCGAAACAAUUUGAAAUAUCAACUAAGAAAUGGUGGCAAAUUCCUUAUUACAUGUAUUUCUGUGGUUUUACAGCCAAUCUAAUGAUAGUUUCACUAGGAAUGAACAUAGCAUGGAUUUCACCGUCGUUAGGAAAGUUGCAAUCGAAUGACACUCACAUAAAUCCUUUGGGAUCUCCAAUAACAACGCUUCAGACAUCUUUAGUUACUGCCAUUCCUUACUUGAUUGCAAUAUUAACAAAUGGAGUUUGGGCGAAACUUUUGGAUAAAUUAGGAAGAAAGAGAACCAUGCAGUUGGGUGCUAUUAUAUUAACUUGUAGUUUGUUGGGUACUGCAUUCGCAGCCAAUAUAUCGAUUCUUUUCGUUUCAUUAAUUAUUAGUGGCAUGUGCGUUAAUGGCGGAAUUAUUUCUGCAUCUGUAUAUAAUAAUGACAUUGCUGACGAUAGUAACAGAGGAACCUUGGGUUGUCUAUUGGCACUAAACCUUCCAAUUGGUCUUGUCCUUUGUUACUUUUUUGGAUCAAUAACUAGCAUCAAAUAUUUAUCUUUGAUUUGUACAAUACCAUCGAUUUUUAUUUUGUUGUUGUCCCCAUUCAUAUGCGAAUCUCCUGUUCACUUAGUGCGUAAUUCAAAAAUUACUGAAGCUAUUGAAGCCUUAGAGAAAUUAAAACAAACCAAAGACAGCGAGGUAAUUGAUAACGAGAUUAAAAAAAUCAAAGAUAACAUAGAGGUCAUGUCUUCUUGCAGACGAAAAACUUUUUUAGAUAUAUUUAGGAAUCGCGCCACGAGAAAAGCUGUUGUAUUAUGUUACCAGUUAUUUUGUAUAGAACAAUUCUCUGGUAUCUCGCCGGUAUUAGCAUUUGUCGGUACCACUUUUAACAAAGCUGGUUUGGUAUGGUCCGGAGAUACUGUUGGUAUAGUAGUAGGGUUAACUAAGUUCUUAGCAACCUUAGUGGCCCUUUAUUGCAUAGAUCGAACAGGUAGAAGACGUCUGUUGUUGGUUUCCUCAUUAUCUUGUACAUUUUCUCUACUUCUUCUUGGAUUUUCAUUUUAUAUAAAAUAUAUAAAAUCACCUUUAUUAGAUGGUGCUCCUUUAUUACCUGUAGCCCUUAUCACUAUCUUCAUUAUCGUACAUUCAGUGGGUCUUGGGAGCGUUCCUUUAACCUAUGCUGGAGAAUUAUUUCCAAACGAUGCUAGAGCCACUGGAGUGUCUUUUGUCAUAGCUUUACAGCAAAUCAAUUUAUGUCUAGUGAAUUUCACUUUUCCUAUACUGUCUGAUAUUAUUGGAGAGCACUGGUGCUUUUGGAUUAAUGCUAUGGCGUCGUUAACUGGUUUUAUAAGCAUCUAUUUUACCAUUCCUGAAACAAAAGGUAAAGCAUUUUCAGAAAUUCAAAAUAUGCUUUUAAAAAAGCAAUAAUAAUAAAUAUUAGAGUCUCUGGAUAUUUAUUAUCCUAAUUACAUCAUGUUCACUGAAAUUUUAGAAUAUUACAUUUGAAGGAUUAACGAGGAUCAAUGUUUAUGUAUUUGUAACAUAAUCUUUGACGUAGUUUAUGUCAUCUAGAGUAAAUUACUAAUCAUAGCAAAUUGAAUUAGGUGAUUAUUUCUUACUAAUUUUCAAUUUUUUAUGUACUAUUUACUCCAUCUAGUUCUGUGUGGAGAUUAGAAUCGGUAUGACCAAUGAAAGGUGUUGCAAAAGUAUCUUCAAUGUUUCUUAGCAGAAGCUUCACCUCAUUCGUAAUUAAGUCAUGUGACCUCUACUUGGGGUUAAGAAAGUUUCAUUGCUCGAUCGAUUAACGUUUCCAAAGAUCAUGUUUUAGAGCAAAGAUUUCUCGAAAUGCUUUGAAGAGUGGUUUAAUGAAGAAGGUGAAUAUUAUUGUUAAAAUGAAUUUUUCUUUUUUAAUGCAUUCCAGAUAUAGAAUGAAAAAUACUUUUGAUUGACCAUACCAAGAUUCUAUAACGCAUACAGAAUAAUCCAUUUACAAUUAAAAAAGUCGUAUUAUUAAAAAAGUUAAGAUUCUUCACAAAGAUACUUCUAAUUUAAAACCUGUUAUACAAUUUUAUGCAAUAUGUGUUCAAUUAUCUCUUGGUACAAAAUAACUAUUUAUUUCAGUAGCCUUUUGUUAUUAAAAACCUUAAAAUAAAACUUGAGCUUAUAAUUUUAA